AUUCACAAUAUGGUUCCCGGAAGUAAAGAUGAUCGCAGGCCACGUGAAGCGCAGAUUGAAGGAUGCCCUGAUUGUGCUUGGAGGCGGUGGACUUCUCUUCACCUCCUAUCUGACCAUAAAGGGGGAUGAGCGCUUCUACACAAAUUUUCUAAUGCCAACAUUGCAGCGAAUGGUACCACCUGAACUGGCGCACACCCUCUCUAUUAAACUUCUAUCCCUUGGACUGGUUCCACAACCUAAGUGUCAUGAUUCCAUAGAGCUUGAGAUGAAGGUACUCGGACACCGCUUCAGGAACCCAGUGGGUAUAGCUGCUGGAUUUGAUAAGCAUGCAGAAGCAGUGGAUGGACUUUUUAAAAUGGGCUUUGGAUUUGUGGAAAUCGGAAGUGUUACUCCAAAGCCCCAGGAAGGAAAUCCCAAACCCAGAGUGUUUCGCUUGCUUAAGGACCGGGCAAUUAUCAACCGAUAUGGAUUUAACAGCCAUGGGAUAGAAGUUGUGCGUCAGCGACUGAUGGCGAGGAGAGAGAAACAGAGCUUACUAACAGAGGGUGGGAUGCCACUUGGUGUUAAUCUAGGAAAGAACAAGACAUCCGAGGAUGCAGCUGCUGAUUACAUAAAGGGAGUUCUGGAGCUUGGACCUUUUGCAGACUAUUUGGUAAUUAAUGUAUCCAGUCCCAACACCCCUGGUCUAAGGGAAUUGCAGGGCAGAGAUCAACUUCGCCACCUGUUGGCCAAGGUUUUGAAAGCUCGUAGCGCUCUUCAAAGUGAUCACAGACCAGCUUUGCUUGUAAAGAUUGCUCCUGACUUAACGAAGGCAGAUAAGGAAGACAUUGCUAGUGUAGUGACAGAGCUUGGCAUUGAUGGUCUGAUAGUUACCAACACCACAAUCAGUCGACCGUCUACGCUGCAAGACCCCCAGAGCUGUGAAGCCGGGGGAUUGAGUGGAGCCCCUCUACGUGACAUGGCUACAGAGACUAUACGAGAGAUGUACACUCUAACAGCAGGAAAGAUCCCCAUUAUUGGUGUUGGAGGUGUAAGUUGCGGCCUUGAUGCUUUGGAGAAAAUCCUAGCAGGAGCAUCGCUGGUACAGCUUUACACAGCACUCACUUACCAGGGUCCGCCGGUUGUGGCGAGAGUGAUAGGGGAGCUAAAGAACAAACUUCUAGAGCAAGGAUUUUCAUGCGUUUCGGAGGCAGUCGGAGCUGAUCACAGGAGUAAUGCUCUGCGAGGACCAAUUAAAUAA